UCUGUCGGCACGAAACGAGGUGAGCCCAUCUUGCUGAAUGGUGGCAUCCGGAAUUCUGUCACUGAGCCACGUCUCAGCGAAAACAAAGACGCAGCAGUUUCUAAACCCUUGCCGUGUAGUGCGUUCGAGUCGGAUGUUGUCCAGGGAGCAAACAUUGGAGAGUAGAAUGGACGGGAGAGCUGGCCAGCUAGGUUUAGUUUUUAGCCUUUAGCCGCAUCCUCACGCACUGCUUUCGGCGUCCCCGGUUCUGGUCCCCAGUAUCAGGUGACGCCGAGCACAUCAUCGUGCAGCCAUAAAGGUCAUUGGUCAGGAUGUGUCUGUAACAGCAGGAGAUGAUGCGCAGUUAUUCUGUGAAGCGAUCGAGACAACAGAGCCUCUAACAACAAUUAGGUGGCAAAGACGAACAAAGAAAAAGCCAACAAAUACAGAUUUUCUGGUUAUCACUUCCAGUGGCAAAGAAGAACAUAUUAACGGACUGAGGGGCCGAGUAAAAUUUUCAGGAAACUUAGCAGGACUGGACGGCUCAAUUCUUCUAAGUAAUGUUACUCUUUUAGAUGAAGGAAUCUACACCUGCAUCUUCAGCAUAUUUCCAAGUGGACCAUAUAAAACAGCAAUGCGUCUCAGAGUACAAGUUCCUCCUGUUGUCACUUUGGGCACUGAUGUUCCUGCUGUUGCUGGAGACACUGAAGGGAUUUUAGCAACCUGCACUGCAGCCAAUGCAAAGCCUGAAGCAGAAGUGUCAUGGAGUCUGGGUGCUUUAAACAACACAGUGAAAGUACAAAAUACUGUCACUGUGGACUCUGAAGAUAGAUACACUGUUAAAAGCAACCUGAUUGGAACUGCAUCUAAAGAUCUAAACCAGAAGAAGGUUCAGUGUGUAGUCACACACCCUGGCCUAAAGCAGAAACUGGAACUGAAUUACACAUUGGAUAUUCACUAUCCUCCUCAGGUGGUUUAUAUUAGUUCAGCAGGUGAUCAAGGGGAAACCUGUGAAUUUCUGUGUGCCACAGACGCUAAUCCAAAACCUACAAACUUUACCUGGGGCAGAUAUUUUCCAGUGAACGAGACUCUUUCCAUUGGUGUUAAUAGCAAACUGAUUGUUCCACUGACCCCUGAUAGUAAUGGACCUUACUAUUGUUUGGCGUCUAACCAAUACGGGGAAGCUGUUGGUUCCCUCUAUAUGCAUGUUAAAACAUCUACAGAAUCCAAUGCCUGUUGGACUCUGUUCAUCCUGACCCUCGUUUCUGUUUGCUGUUUUUUUUUUUGGAAAUUUGAAUUGUUUCAGCGUGUUAAUAAAAUACUGAGGCAUGAUAUCGGUCAAUCUGUGCCCAAUGAAUCUUCAGACCACGAAGAGGUCUGUGUGAAAUCCUUUAUUUAAAUCUCUAUGGUCUUGUUUUGCUCACCCAUGUUGGUGAUUACAUGGAAGAUGUUUUUUUUUUCUUAGGAGCAUUGAUACAUGAACCAAACCUCUCUACUGGGACCAUACCUUGCCGUGGCAUACCUUCAAGUGAGGAGAAAACCAAAUGGUCCCACAGGCUUUGUAACAUAAAGGUCCAGUUUAUAAGGUUGUUGACUGAUCUGCUGUCAUGAGCAUGAUCUUUCAACAGGACUACAAGCAGGUCUAAAAAAUUUCUGUAUCGAGAGGAAGACACCAAGGCAUAUGAAACAAGACGACGUCACAAACAUAACUUCUUUUAACAUUUCCUCAAGAGAGUAAACCUGGAUGCUUAUUACAGAAAAUUUCAUCUCAUCCUACUGCAGAACUGGGUGAAGCCAAUUCUAGCAGAUGAGUGACUCUACAGACCAUUUAAAGUAGAUAAAGCUAACAUCAGGUAGAGUUUUGGUAAGUUUGGACCGAUUUAAGAUGACACCAGCUAGUCCCUUUUCACAGGGAAUACAUCCAACAGUUACAAUAA